CAGCUGCUGUGCGAUGUGGAGCCGCCUGGCAGUGCUCUGACAGGUGGAGGGCCGGCCCUGUCUGCCAUCUGAAGGCUGUCUACAGUGAGUGGCACAGAUCACACAAAGAAGCAAACAUGGAGUCCAUGCUGAAUAAGCUGAAAAGCACGGUCACCAAGGUAACAGCAGAUGUUACAAGUGCUGUGAUGGGAAAUCCUGUUACUCGGGAAUUCGAUGUGGGGAAACAUAUAGCCAGUGGAGGCAAUGGGCUUGCAUGGAAAAUAUUCAAUGGCUUUAAAAAGUCAACUAAACAGGAAGUGGCUGUAUUUGUCUUUGACAAAAAGAUAAUUGACAAAUAUCAGAAAUAUGAAAAGGAUCAGAUUAUUGAUUCUCUCAAGCGUGGAGUUCAGCAGUUAACACGGCUCCGACAUCCUAGGUUACUUACAGUACAGCAUCCACUGGAAGAGUCCAGGGAUUGUCUUGCAUUUUGCACAGAACCAAUAUUUGCAAGUUUAGCCAAUGUCCUUGGGAGCUGGGACAACCUCCCGUCUCCAAUUCCUCCUGACAUCAGGGAUCAUAAGCUGUAUGACGUAGAGACAAAAUAUGGUUUGCUGCAGGUUUCUGAAGGACUGUCGUUUUUGCACAGCAGUGUUAAGAUGAUUCAUGCAAAUCUUACACCGGAAAAUAUCAUUUUAAAUAAAAGUGGAGCAUGGAAAAUAAUGGGCUUUGAUUUUUGCAAUCCAUCACUAAAUCCAAGCGAACAAGAGCCCAAGUUUGUAUGUAAAGAAUGGGAUCCUAACCUACCACCGUUGUGUCUGCCGAAUCCAGAAUACUUGGCCCCUGAAUACAUAUUGUCCGUGAGCUGUGACCCAGCCAGUGAUAUGUACUCACUUGGUGUUAUUAUCCACGCAGUUUUUAACAAGGGGAAAACUAUCUUUGAAGUAAACAAGCACGAUAUUUAUAAAAGCUUCAGUAGACAACUAGACCAGUUAAGUCGAUUAAACCCUAAUGUCUUGGCAAACAUUCCCGAAGAAGUACAAGAACAUUUAAAACUUCUCUUGAACGUGACACCUGCUGUUAGACCUGAUGCCGAUCAGAUGACAAAGAUUCCUUUUUUUGAUGAUGUCGGGGCUGUGACGCUGCAGUAUUUUGAUUCCCUUUUUCAACGAGACAAUCUCCAGAAAUCUCAGUUUUUUAAAGGGCUACCAAAAGUUCUACCAAAACUCCCAAAGCGUGUUGUUGUGCAGCGGAUUUUACCAUCAUUGACGUCUGAAUUUGUAAACCCUGAUAUGGUGCCAUUUGUUCUUCCCAAUGUUCUCCUGAUUGCGGAGGAGUGCACGAAAGAGGAGUAUGUGAAGCUUAUUCUACCUGAUCUGGGACCUGUAUUCCGGCAGCAAGAACCUGUGCAGGUUUGUUUGCUUAUUCUUUUAAUAUUUCUACAAAAAAUGGAUCUUCUUCUCACCAAGACCCCACCAGAUGAAAUCAAGAAUUCCGUAUUACCUAUGGUUUACAGGGCUCUGGAGGCCCCAUCAAUUCAGAUCCAGGAGCUGUGCCUAAACAUAAUCCCCACAUUUGCAAACCUGAUAGAUUAUCCGUCCAUGAAAAACUCUUUGAUACCAAGGAUUAAGAAUGCUUGUUUGCAAACAUCAUCUCUCGCUGUGCGGGUAAAUUCAUUGGUAUGCUUAGGAAAGAUUUUGGAAUAUCUAGACAAGUGGUAUGUUCUAGAUGAGCUUCUGCCUUUUUUGCAACAGAUUCCAUCAAGAGAACCUGCAGUCCUUAUGGGAAUUUUAGGUAUAUACAAGUGCACAUUUACUCAUAAAAAGCUUGGUGUUACCAAAGAGCAACUGGCUGGAAAAGUGUUGCCUCACUUAAUUCCACUUAGUAUUGAUAAUAACCUUAACCUCAACCAGUUUAAUUCCUUCAUGUCCGUGAUUAAAGAGAUGUUGAACAAGUUAGAGGCAGAACAUAAAACAAAACUGGAGCAACUUCAUAUCAUGCAAGAACAGCAAAAGUCUUUGGAUAUAACAAAUCAACUACAACUCUCUUCAGAGCAGGCAAAUAAAAUGAGCAACCAGCCAGACAAAGUGUUUAGUGACAUGGGACAAGAUUUUCUGACGGGGCUACCUGAUAAACAAGAAAAUGGACGAGUUCCCAAACCUCAAGCAAAGGUUUCACUGACACUUGAAGAAAAGCAAAAGCUCGCAAGAGAACAGGAGCAAGUGCAAAAAAUGAAGAGUCAACCACCACUCAAUCCUAAUCCCGUAACACCGGCCCCUGCUGUCAAACAGACGAAGGAUCUCACAAAAACAUUGAUGGAAAAUAUGUCCUCGUUGAACAGCCUUUCAGGUGGUAGCAGUAAAUCCAGGUUUCCUCCCGCUACGAACAUGCCUAGUAAUAUUGGAUUUCAGGCACCUAUUGAUAACAUGAGUGCAAACCGAAAUGUACAAAAUGGGCUAAACUCUAACUCUGGCAUUCACUCAACUGGAUUCAACAUGGGGCUUGGUAAUCAAAACCAAAAUUUCUUCAGUGGCACUGGUUCUGUCGGAAUUAACAAAAUGACUCCAAUGGCUACCCCUGCCAACGUGCCAAACUUUAAUGCAUUAAGUAGUCCUCCCGGGAUGUUGCCCCAGAGUCAACAGAACAAACCCACUGCCGACUUGUCCCCUCUGGACCAGCUCUUUGGCCCUCAGAAACCCAAAGUGAGUAUGAACCAAAUGUCUCAACAAAUGCAAAGUCCAUGGAUUAAUCAGUUCACAUCACCACAAGGAUCUCAAACCGUGAGCAGCCCAGUAACACAAACUGGAAUGAUGGGACAAACGGGUUUUGGGACCCAGUCCAACCCAUUUUUCAACCCACAGAGCUUUGCUCAGCCUGCAAACACUAUGAAAAGCAGCACCUCUGCUAGCAACGACUUAAAAGACCUUUUUGGCUAAACUUUUCCUGAGCUUGUUUUAUAAUAAUGGUGAAAUAGCUUGCAUUCUGUGUCUUACAGUGAUACCAUCCAAUGUUGAUGUGACAAUGUUUAUUUAAUUGCAGUUCUCCUCUCUCGUUGAAUUUUUUUGAUUGAAUUUUCUCUGUAUGUAAGUUACUGGCAACAAUCAACAAAUGGCAAUAUUUGCGUCCUUGCCAUGUCACAUUUUAGCAAAACAAGAAUGUAAUAUCCCUUGCAGCUCUUUAACUAUAUUACAGCUAAGUGGAAUGGGGUACUAUCAGUAUUGCAUUUAACAAGGUUCUAGUUAAAAUGUGCAUGGUUAAAUGUCCAUUGUUUACUAAUCAGGGACUGAGGCCCAUAUAGUGAUUUUAAAAAACUGUUUUGGUAAGUACUGAAUAAUUAUCUGGCUAGCUUAGAGACUUUGUUUUUCGUCACUGUUCAAUUGUGCAAGGGACACAGUGCUCCCUUAUUCCACAAGGUGCAA